GGAGAGAUACUGAGAGGGGUAGAGGAAGACAGACUUGAGCAGAAAUGCUAGGAGAGGGAGAGAAGAGAGACUGAGAGGAGAGGAGGGACGGACAGGCUGGAAGCAAUAUAAAGGGGAGAGAGCGAUAAAGAGGGGAGAGAGCGAUAAAGAGGGGAGAUAGACAGAUACAGACACAGUCUGCAUGGACUGGCUUCGAAAGGGAACACAUCAGAAAAGACCGAUAAAGGGAGGAAGAAGAUUUUUUUCUGGCGGCCCUGGACAACUGCAACAGCGGACUGAAGGAACAACAGCGAGUGUGUGGAAAAAAAGAAGAGAAGGCGAGAGGGAGGAGAGAGACAAAUAUAGAUAGAUAGAUAGAUAGACAGAUAGAUAGGUAGAUAGAUAGAAAUAUAGAUAGAUAGAUGGAUAGUGAAGACAGAGAUAGUCAACCACACGCUGAACAGCUUGUCAAGGAAUUACUCUCUUUUAAUUUAAUUUUCCUUCUCUUUGACUCCCUCUAUCGUCUUCCUCUUCUACCCAGCCUUUUCUCUGCCCCCUCUCCCCACGCUCCAUUUUUCUGUCAACUUUAACUAUUCAUGCGCUAGAUUUUUUAUGAUAUCACCAGAGCUCUAGCUCCAUCUCCCCGUGACACUCUCCUUCUUUCACGCUCCCUCUCUCUCCAUCUCUCUCUCCUUCUCUCUCUCCUUCUCUCUCUCCGAAUUCAUUCCCUCUUAUCCUAGCCACCUGUUAGUCCAAAAUCUUUCUUCACCGGAAUUUCCUCGCAUAUUUUUUCUUUUUUUCUAUCUGGAGUUUCAAACUAUUUCUUAGCCGGAUGACUGUACGAAAGGGAAACAAGCGCCUGGCCAUCUCUAUCCAGGAACACAUGGCUAUCGACGUCUGCCCAGGCCCCAUCCGCCCCAUCCGACAGAUCUCUGCCUACUUCCCCCGCCUCUCGCCCACUUCUUCAGCCUCUGAGCUGGAUCCAGCCAAUGAGGCUGGGUUUCCCUCCGAGCUCGGCCCUGGCAGCGGAGUAGGGGCAGUGGGGGGAGGAGGAGGGGGCAGCGGUGGCCUGUUGACCCCGCUCCUGGCGGGGGCGACGGGGGACGGCGAAGGGGGCGGCCUUUCGGCCACAAGCAGCAUGGACACAUCUAUCGAGAUCGACAGCGGAGACAGCGAUGACAGCACUGCCCUGGGGACAUUGGAGUUUGACCUGCUGUAUGAGCGAGCCACCAGCUCUUUACACUGCACCGUCAUAAAAGCCAAGGGUCUGAAGCCAAUGGAUUUCAAUGGCCUGGCUGAUCCUUACGUCAAGCUGCAUCUGCUCCCAGGAGCCUGCAAGGCGAACAAACUGAAGACCAAGAUAGUGCGCAACACCCUGAACCCCGUGUGGAAUGAAACACUUACCUACCAAGGCAUCACAGAGGAGGAUAUGUACCGGAAAACACUCAGGGUGUCUGUGUGUGACGAGGACAAGCUGACGCAUAAUGAGUUCAUCGGGGAGUCACGGGUGGCCCUGCGCAGAGUGAAGCCGGACCAGACCAAACACUUUAACAUCUGCUUGGAACACCCACCGCCUCUUCCCUCCCCAACAGCUUCCCUUCCAAUCAAUCCAGCAGUAAGAGGCAUUUCUUGCUACCUGAGAGAGUGGGAGAAUGAACAGCAGACGUGUCUGGAGGAGAGGGGUCGUCUGCUGCUAUGCCUGCAGUUCCUCCCCCCGUCCGAUGUGGUCGAUACGGAGGUCAAAGGGGAAGCCAAGGAGAGGGCCAGCGGAGGACUUUGUGUGGGGGUGCGACGAUGCGCCCACCUAGCCGCCAUGGACGUUAAUGGAUUCUCAGACCCCUACGUCAAAACGUACCUCAAGCCAGACCUGCAGAAGAAAUCCAAGCAUAAAACGGCUGUCAUAAAAAAGACCCUUAACCCAGAGUUUAAUGAGGAGUUCUUCUAUGAGAUCUCCUUCAAGGAGCUCUCCACCAAGACCUUGGAGGUUACUGUCUGGGACUACGACCUUGGGAAGUCCAAUGAUUUCAUUGGAGGUGUGUCCUUAGGCUGUCACUCACAAGGAGACAGUCUUCAGCAUUGGAUAGACUGUCUGAAGAACAAGGGCAUGAAGGUUGAGCGAUGGCACACAUUGACCAAUGAGCUACCUGGAUCCACAUUCCAAGAAUGAAAACAGGUCAAUAAUAUCUAACUCUGGUACUGUUUUGUGCUCUAAUGGAAUUCUGGAAGGAAGGCUGUUCAUCUUUGCAUGUUAUGGACAUGUAUUCUGCAUGACUUGAACAUUUGAGGUCUAUACUUUAAACCAUGAAAAGGUUUGGAAGUAAUCCAAAUAUUUCCCAGAGGCCGCAAUAAGUGAAUGUGGGGGUCGUUCAGUAAGGAGCAAUAUUUCAGAAAUAAAUGUUAAGCAUAGAUAAUACAUUUCCAUAUUGUUAUUCUCUUUCAUGUUUAAUCUUAAACUAUUGUAAAAAAUGCUCACUAGGUUAUUGAACAGGCCCCCUGUGAAAAGUAGAAAUUGACAAUGACAUAAUAUAAAUCAUGUCUGAGGCAGAGAAAAAAAUAACUCAUUAUUUUCUCAAUUCACUCAUUAUUUAUACUGUCGCAUUUAUUUAUUCCUCUGAAAUUAGAUUUGGUUCUUUCAUUAACUUCCGAUUCUCCCUGACCUAGAAAUUGUGGAAAACAUCUCAAUCUACCGCUCUUCUCAAUGCCUGCAUACCUCUCCCUGCGCAAUAACGUCUCGCCUAAUGCUUCCGAAGAAUUCUAAGUGGUCUUAUUAAUGAUAAACAUUUUGUAUUGAUUGAUUAAAUUACCAUUAAAUUGCCUGCAUAUGGUAGUUCAUUUGAUAAACAGUGCAAUGUAGUAAGACAAUUUGUUCUUCCGUUUGUGUGUGACUUACUUGCAUGAGUGGUGUAAAAAAAUAUAUGAAAAAUAAUUUAAAUUAAAGAUAGGACUCUCCGGCAAAAUUUUGGGGGAACAGACAUAAAUGCUUAGAGGGCUUUGUUUGAAAAUGUAUUUGGAAAAACAACAUUUGCAGAAGAAACAAUUGUACAAGUAAAACAUUGUGGAAAGGUAUUUCUAUUUCAAAUUUCUUUUUUUUCCAGAUCUGCUUGCAUACAUAUGUUAUUCAAACUUUCCUUCAAUCAAUUCUUCCUUCAAAUGGUUAUGCAAUCACUACCCCUUUUGCCAUGAACGACUUCUUUAAAAUCAUCUUUAUGGAUUAUUAUGAUGUUCUAUUUGUUAUAGAUUUACUGCAGUAUAUGUACUACUUGUAGUUUUUUGGACAAGAGGUGUCAUACUUUCCAACUAAUAACCCUUGUACACGUUUAAGUAAAACUGGUGUCCAACCCAUACAACAAUGGUUAUUAUGAGUCUGUGCACAAGUGUUCAUGCACGUCCUUGAGUGUGUAGGGGAUAUGGAGAUUGAUUUGCAGCAUGUGCCAUACUGUGAAUAUUAACAGGCCACAAGCAAACGGAAGCCAUCAAGUUGGGGUUGUUUGGUGUAUCAGAAAUAAAUAUACAGGAAAUUGAACAAAGCAGUGUAUUUUAUCAUGGCACCACAGGUUUCGUAUACUACAAGUGUCCUAAAGGCAUGUUCAAAUACAGUGGUGUCAUUAACAUGUAAAUAGAUGCUGUCUUUCUGCACUUUGGCUGUUGUCCUUGUACCAACUAGAAUAUUGUGCAUGGGCUUUUUCAUAAAAUGCUUGUUUAUAUGGA